GCAAUGGUGUAACACAGUAACCUAGUGGCAUUGUGCUUGUGUGCGCUACCUUCAUGCUAUUCGGGGGUUACCCGCGGACAAACGAACGCGUUUCACGAAUAUAUAGAAGAUUGGAGGGAGUCGUUAGCGAGUAUGUUGUAUUCUUUGGGACGGAGUGGACUCAGCAUGCAUGUAAUCGGCAGGAAAAGACAACGCGUCCAGCCGAGAUAAGUUAAGCGUCCGUGUAGUAAAUGACACACAACCGAGGGGUAAAGUCUUUUUUAAUUUAUUUUUUUAAAGGAUAAUAGUAUUUUUCCGCGGCGAGAUACUAUCCCUCCCCACAAUGGAGCUGCUGGAGUGCCCGCUCUGCCGCUUCCUGAUGUGGGAGCCGGUGAGCAUGUCCUGCGGUCACACUUUCUGUCGGAGGUGUGCGGCCGCCUACCUGCCGUCUAAAUGCCCCGCUUGCAAAGAGAGGCUAAAACCGAGAGAAAUGAGGAGCAUGAAGAACAACGUUCUGCUCAUCGGGAUCAUCGAAAAGUGCUGCCCCGAGAACGCCAGGUUGACGUGCCAUCUUCAGGAGAAGCUCCGUGCCAAACAAUACCAGGAGGCUUUAAUUGCUGCCAACGACGGGAUUCAGCAAGUUCCAGACGACUUGAGUCUGAAGCUGUACAGAGCUGAAGCAAACUGUGGACUGUUAAGUUUUUCUGAUGCUCUGACCGACCUUGACUACCUCUGCUGUCUUCGGCCCAACUGGACUGAGGGCUUCUUUCGCAAAGGGAACAUACUGUUGGAGAUGGCUCAGCAGACAGAAGCCCUCAUCCAGUUUUACCGUUGCCUCAAACUUCAAGCUGACUUUGUUCCUGCUAAGAAUCAGAUCAAGAAGGUCCUGGAAGCAGAGGGCAUGACAGUGCCAGACGAUGCUUUCUGCAUCAUGCAGGUGUUGGCUGAUUACCUAAAAGCACCCUCCCCCAUCACGAGCCUUAGCAUCACCCAGGGGCCGACAUACCCUGAGGGCAAACAUCCACAUGGCGACGCUGAGGGCAACGAGAGAAGAGAAACACACCAGGGCUCCAAAGCGAAGCACGAUGGAGGCACUGAGUGUUGCCUGAGCCUCUGCCAGGCUGUUUCCUUCCUCCCUGCCACUGAAGAAGACGAGGAGAUGAUGACGAGGAAGGAAGAUGUCAAUAGAAGAGAUGCAGGUUUCCACCGCAGAGAUAAAACUCUCAGUGUACUCACUGUGUCCGACUUUGAGUGCCCGCUCUGUAUCAGGUUGUUUUAUGAACCAGUCACCACUCCCUGCGGUCACACAUUCUGUAAAAACUGCAUAGAGAGAAGUCUGGACCACAACCUGCGCUGUCCACUCUGCAAACAGCCACUACAAGAGUAUUUAAAAAAUAGAAAGUACAACUUGACAGUGGUGAUUCAGCACAUCAUGGACCGCCUCUUCUCCUCGCAGUUAGAUGAAAGGAAACAGAUCCACGAGGCUGAGAUGGCUGAAUUGUCAAACCUCACAAAGGACAUCCCUAUAUUUGUUUGCACUGUGGCCUACCCUGGCGUGCCCUGCCCGCUGCACAUUUUUGAGCCACGCUAUCGAUUGAUGAUGCGUCGCUGUAUGGAGACAGGAACGAAGAAGUUUGGCAUGUGCAGCUAUGAGCAUGGCAAAGGUUUUGCAGACUAUGGCUGCAUGUUGGAGAUCCACGGCCUGGAGGUGCUGCCUGAUGGUCGCUCCUAUGUUGACAGUGUGGGUUGCAGCAGGUUCAGAGUCCUCAAGAGAGGCUUACGUGAUGGCUACCAUACUGCUGAUAUCGAGCACCUGGAGGAUAUCAAGGUCGAAGGGACUGAAUUGGAGCUUUUGCAGCAUCUCCAUGAUAAUGUCUACCAGCAGGCCCAGGACUGGUACCAACGCCUUGGAAGCCGCAUGAGAGAACAAAUCAACAGACAGUACGGCACCAUGCCCGACAUGGAUGAGAACAUACAGGCCUUAUCCAACGGUCCAGCAUGGUGCUGGUGGCUGUUGUCUGUCCUCCAGCUGGACCCUGCUUACCAAACCACUGUCCUCUCCCUCACCUCACUCAAAGAUCGUCUGGGACACCUACGCCUCAUCCUUGAGUACUUCUCUCAGAGCUAAACAUACGACGGCAUUGUGGUGGCAUUUAUUGACAUAAAAGCACACACACAGAUACAGUAGGUUAAGUGAAGCUAAGAGCCACUGAACUCACUUAUUUUGUAUCAAUGAAUGAGUGAGGGACUGUUUUAAUAUCACAGCUCAAGGCCAAAUCAUACAGUCAAAUACAUAAAAUAGUUAUUGUAUUACAAAAUAUAGAGCUGUUAGUCUAACGUUUAUCAUUCAAAACACAACAAUAAACAUCAGCCACUUGCAAGGCCUGCAGAUUAUGCUAAACCUUGUUUUAUUCAUCUAUCACAUACUUAAGCACAUUAUUUAUUCCCUAGCAAAUAAGUAAAUAAAUAAUUAUUUUGGAAAUCUUAAACCUCUUAGUUGGAAACGUUACAAGCAAGUGGCAAGUAAGUUGAAAUUUGUUGAAAUGAUAAAACUGUUGAGAAAACACUCUUGCACUAUUUUUUAAGAUUCUGGUAACUAAUGUAGUAACAUUACCUGGAACAUUCUACUGGAUUAUACAUUUAAACUUUAUAUUUGCAUUGGAUAUGCAAGGAAUAAAACAGUAACAGAUAUUGUAAAUAGCACAAUAGCCUUUGCCACUUUCUUGUGUUGUUUCCUACUAUAAGACAUUUAUGACAUAAACAUACACUUUAGGUGAAUAAUUUGGGCUUAACUGCAUUAUCCGUAGACAAAACGCAGUACAUUUUUUAAAAAGAGCACUAGGUGUCACUGUUUUCUCUACAUUUUACACAAUUGACAGCCACUUGGAACUCAAUGCUACAAUGCAAUUCAAAGUUUUUUAGGAUUAUGCGCAUAAGGUUUUAGAUGACUAUAUGUGGCAAGUUACUGGUUUUGCUUUGCAGAAUCAUAGCCCCGUGCACCUUUAUGGCUUUACCAGCCUUUUUUGGGGGUCAUUUGAUACUUAAAGAAUAAGAAAGUCCAUAUUUUGAAUAUUGCAAUACUAAUUUCUAGAUUGAUGUUUAAAGGGCACUAUCCGAAGACCCUUUUCUUCUGAAUGAAAGCCACAACUUGUCUGCUUUAACUGAUACUCUUUGCAACUACGUGGUGGGGAAAAUAACGUUGCUUCAGUUGCUGAGUUUUACAACCUUUUUGUGUUUGUGCAGACAAUGCCAGUGAAUCGUUCGUGGCGAUUAUGUAGAUAAGACUUAUUUUGUUCUAUCUAUCAUUUUGGGUUAUAUUCUAAUGGCAUGGGCUCAUUUAAGAUGACAAUGCCAGCUCUAUCUAGAGCGGGGGUCUCAAACUUGCCGCCCAUAAUUUGUGGCCCUCUCCUUGAUUGUUUAAUGUAAUUGCGACCCGUGCACCCUGCAAUCGGUGCCUUAGGCUUUUUGUGGCCCUAAACAAGAUUUUAUAUGUCGCUCCAUUUCGGUCUUUUAAUAUUACUUGUGUAACACGCUAGAGGCUAGGGCUGAGAGCAGCCUGGUGAUUAUUGUAAUACAGUUGUUCCUCGCCACAUUUGAAGUUUGUGGCUUGUAAAGGUGAUCAUGUGGGUGUAAUUUCAUGUCUAGAGAACUUUUUUGGUGUUAAAACCGUAUUUAGAAAGUCAAACUGAAAGUAGGUCUCAAACUGUUUUCACCAAGUACCAUCUCAGAAAACACUUGUCUCCAUGUACCAUCAUAAUGACCAACAUUAAAAUACAGUAGCAUACCGGUAGUAGGCCUGAGUAUUCAUUAAAAAUAAGACAGAGGUUUUACUUAACAAUUAUAUUUGAUGUUUUUUGCCACUGUAACAUUACACACAGUUUGAACAGUAACACUGUGUUUGAAUAUUUAAUCAAAGGAUUCUCAGGCCUACCACUAGUGGUACGCAUACCAAAGUUUGAGAAUCACUGCUCGAGCUAUGAAAAAUAUUCCAUUUAUAAUUAAUAAUUCCAGUUUCACGGGAAUUCAUUUACCAUGACAUGACUCGGAUCCAAUUAACAGCGAUAAAAUAUUUACUGUAUUACUCUUGGCAACCAGAAAGAAGUACAGUAGAUUAGGCUAUGGGAGCCUGAGUGUGCAUAUAAGAGACACAACCAACAAAAUGCAGUUCAAGUUUAUUUAUAAUUAGGUAAUGAGAAAUAAUGUAUUAUUAUUAUUUUACAAGUUAUGUAAAGAUUUGUAUUAAUCACAUUAGAACAAUAAACAAAAAUACUACAUUGACAACUACAAUUCAGUUCAAUCUAAUAUGUUCAAUAGUCAUGUGUUUAUAUUCCAGGUAGUGUCCAAAGUUUAUAUAAAAAUGGAGCUAAGGGGAAAUUAAAGUGUUGAAUAUCUCCUACUGGAGUGAAGCCAGUUCAAAACUGCUAUGCAGCUCCGACAUUAAUUGAAAAAGUAAACGAAACACAAUAAAUAGGCAAAAAGAUAUCCAUCCAUCCAUCCAUUUUCUACCGCUUGUCCCUUUCCGGGUCACGGGGGAGUGCUGGAACCUUUCUCAGCUGCAUUCGGGCGGUAGGCGGGGUACACCCUGGACAAGUCACCAUCUCAUCGCAGGGCCAACACAGAUAGACAGACAACAUUUACAUUCACAUUCACACACUAGGGCCAAUUUAGUGUUACCAAUCAACCUAUCCCCAGGUGCAUGUCUUUGGAGGUGGGAGGAAGCCGGAGUACCCAGAGGGAACCCACACAGUCACGGGGAGAACAUGCAAACUCCACACAGAAAGAUCCCGAGCCCGGGAUUGAACUCAGGACCUUCGUAUUGUGAGGCAGAUGCACUAACCCCUUUGCCACCGUGCAAAAAUGUCUUUACUCCAGCGCCCCCCGCGACCCCGAAGGGAAUAAGCGGUAGAAAAUGGAUGGAUGGAUGGACUAUAUCUUUAAGGAAAAAGCUUGGCUACAAUAUAAACUUAAAAAGUACAGUAGUUUUUAGAAAUAUGGCUGUAAAUCAAUAUAUUAAUCUUGAAUCCCACUGGAUGUUAAUUACAAUAAAGGUGACAACACAACAAUUACAACAAAACAAACGCAUUUUGGGCAACACAAAGAGCAACUAACAUUAAGCAAGGAGAAGUGUCUCAGAAAAUAUAAAAUGUUUACAUUAAAUGUUACAUUUAUAAUGACAGCUCAGGGUCACUCUAGCUGCUGGUAGAAGUAGUAAACAAAUUUAGCCACACGUUUAAAACGUGGUUCUGAAGUCUCACCCAGACUCUGCCCCCAGGUAAAUCGAGUUUGAGAUCCCUGAUCUAAAGGCAUCAUCUGGUGAUAAGGAGGGGAAACUGUCAAAUAAAAUGGCCGGGGUCUAACUAGGUAUGCACUAAGCUACAAUAAGGGGGCACUUUGUCAUGAGUCAUAUUGCUUUGAGUGCCUGUCACAAGUCUUACAGUUUCUACAUGGAAAUAAUGAGGAGAUACUGUGUGACUCUGGCAUACUUUUUUAUCGAUUGAGUGCUACAUUCCAUAGAAUGUCAAAGCUGCAUGUUAUAUUGAUACUUUGUAAGAAGUGGGUAACACUAAAAUUAUUAUUUCUUUUUUUACUGCAAGAAAUGUGCCAUAGAUUGUGCAAUUUGUAGACAUUUUCACGGCAUCGAUGUUUAUGUUUACUGCCUUUUGAUGUGGUGGACAGCUCUUGUUUGGCACAGAAACAGACUCAAUGUGAAACUUUACAAGUGGCAAGCAUGAUAAACACAAAUCCAGCAUGUCUCACCAAAUGAUGAAACAAUGGCGCACUAACGAGCAGCUGACUCUUUGGGCCAUUUUCAGCAUGUUUUAUGCAGGCCAAGCAACCUCAUCGGUACAAACCCAGGAGCUCCGACAUCACUUCAUGACAACAGCUUUGCGAUCAUUCAAAAAAGGGAUUACAUUUUUAAGAUGUGUUUACACACCAUUGUCAGUUGGAAAUGUGUGACAAUCAUCCCUUGGCUGCGACCACACACUUGUUUUGCCAUUACCUUACACCCCUAUUUAUCACCUGGUGUCAUUGCACUGUACAGAAUAUUUAAUGAUCUCGAACAGCGAUCACAGAACAAUGUCGAGUGGUUUACAUGUCUUGGAAACAAAAUGCUGAAGAUAGAAGUGCGAUGCAGCUUUUUAUCAGUUUAUAACCACUUGGUAGGUUUGUGGCGCUUUGCAUUACACUGAAGGUUGGAAUUUCCAUCUGUUUCCCUGUUUAGUUAGUUUUACUCAUAGAUAUUUACUCAGAUGCAACUUCUCUAUAAUUGGACUAAUAGAAAAUGUCUUCCAACAAAAUCAUCCCACCCCAUCCUAAAUUCACAUUGUCUCCAAAUACAGAUGUCGGAAUGUGUUGCAAGGAACUAUGGGUGAUUCCAAUCCAGAGAAUACAUGAGUUGUUAUUGGAAGUGCUCCCUCCUACACUUUUAUAAGCAUUUAUUUUUGACCAACCUACUAAGAGUUGCUUUGAAUAUUGUCUGUCUGUCUGUCCUUGGGUAUUCUUUUUCAAUGUUGUUAUAAAUAAAGCUUUUCAAGGAA